AUGUCCAAAUCCUUUGACGAUUUCGUAAAGCAGCAGCAAGCUCAACAAAAACCAAAGACAUUUGGAUACAGAAAUGCCAAUGCUGGCGGGCAGCAGUACAAUUUCAACAAUACAUUUGUUCCUGGACAAAACCAGCAACAGCAGUACCAAGGAUAUCAACCUUACCAGGGUCAACAAACCCCAGGUCAACAGUUUCAAGGACAGCAAUACCAGGGAUACAAUCAAAAUAGAUACUAUAACAAGGGCUCCCCCAGUGCGCAGGGCUCAUCCGUUGCAUCACCCAUUGACUCCCUUCCUACCAGUGGUAGAAGCACGCCCAAUCCAAACGCCUCGACAACAUCCUUGACUUCGUUGAACACAGCGCUCUCGAAGUUGAAUGUUGAUGUGCCAUUCCGUGAAAAUUUAACAAACAUGGAAAGAGCAACUAAGAUUGGCGAAGUUAAAACCGAAGUGAGUGCAGUCGUGACCCAAAUCAGCGAGCAAAAUGACUUAUCCAUCAUCAAUGAAUGGAAAUUGAAUGACAUAUUAAAGUCCUUAUUGAAGCCAAAAAACUCGCCAUUGGUCAAAGAAGGAGCAUUACUUAUCAUACAACACUUGGCAAUCCAAUUUGGCGGACAGACUCCAAAAGAGUCGCUCCUUUUGCAGUUCUUUGCGACGGCGUACGAGUUGUUUGCUGAUAAGGACAAGAACGUGGUCAAGGCUGCCAAAUCUGCAACUGAUGCAUUAUUUGGAAUCUAUCCAGUUGAGGCAUUGGGGUCAGUGGUUUUGGAUGAGUAUUUGUCCAUCUUCAAAUCAGGAGCAAAGUGGAAUAGUAAAGUCGCUUCGUUAGAGAAUUUCAACAAGAUAAUUGAUACUGUACCUGCCGAUGUCUUGGAGUUGAAAUUUGUCGAUGUGGUGCCUGUUUUGACUGAUUUGUCAACCGAUUUCAAACCUGAAUUGGCAAAGUCAGGUUUGGCUACUUUGAAAAAGUUUGUUAAAAUCUUGGACAAUUUGGACUUGCAAAACAAGUAUGAUUUGAUUGUUGAAACUUUAGCUGAUCCAAAACAAGUACCAGAGUGCAUCAAAAGUCUUUCUUCCGUAACCUUUGUCGCUGAAGUUACUGAGCCUGCAUUGUCCUUGCUCGUUCCUAUCUUGGACAAGUCAUUAAAAAUGUCGUCAUCUUCAAAUGAACAAUUGAGGCAGACUGUUAUGGUGACUGAAAACUUGACAAGAUUGGUCAACAAUAAGAGAGAAAUUGAGACAUUUAUUCCAAUUCUUUUGCCUGGUGUUGAAAAAGUUGUCAACAAUGCUUCGUUGCCGGAAGUUAGAGAAUUGGCCGACAAGGCAUUUAAAGUGUUGAAGGAUGCAGAGGCUGAGCAAACUGAUGGUAAGUUCCAUGGUAGAAUCAGCUUGAAAGAAGCAGAGGGUUUUUACACUGAAAAUCUUCCCGAAGGCGUAGAAGCUCCGUCUUGUGUCAAUAGCAAUUACUUGGAGUAUCUUGGUAGAGUACUUCAAGUGGAUGCACACGUCAAUGAUUGGAAGAGAUUGUUGGAAUACUUGACGAUGCUUUCAAAGGAUGACAAGUACGCUCAAGCAGUCAUUGCCAAUGUCAAACAUUUGUUUAACCCGGAAUCGACUCUGGAUGGUGCAAAUGAUGACGGAUCAAUUGAAAUAGUCAAUGCGGAUUUCUCCUUGGCGUAUGGUUCUCGUAUGUUGUUGAACAAAACAAACUUGAGACUUUUGAAAGGACACAGAUACGGAUUAUGUGGAAGAAAUGGUGCUGGUAAAUCAACAUUGAUGAGAGCUAUCUCUAAAGGUCAGUUGGAAGGGUUCCCCUCCGCCGACGAAUUAAAGACUUGCUUUGUGGAGCACAGAUUGCAAGGAUCUGAAGCAGAUAUGGACUUGGUUAGUUUCAUCGCGUCCGACCCUGAAUUGGCCAAUGUCGAAAAGAGUGAAAUCAAGUCAGCAUUGUUUGAUGUUGGGUUUUCAGAGGAAACUUUGUUGAAGAAUGUGGGGUCUUUGUCUGGUGGUUGGAAAAUGAAAUUGGAAUUGGCUAGAGCAAUGUUGAUGCAUGCGGAUGUCUUAUUAUUGGACGAACCUACAAACCAUUUGGAUGUUGGAAAUGUCAAAUGGUUGGAACAGUAUCUUGUUGAUCAUACCGAAAUCACUUCCUUAAUUGUCUCACAUGACUCUGGAUUCCUUGAUGCUGUAUGUACCGAUAUCAUCCAUUACGAAAACAAAAAAUUGGCAUACUACAAGGGGAACUUGUCCGAAUUUGUCAAGGUGAAACCGGAGGGGAAAUCCUACUACACUUUGACAGAUUCAAAUGUCAAAAUGGCUUUCCCACCACCCGGUAUUCUUACUGGUGUCAAAUCAAACACAAGAUCAGUUGCUCGUAUGUCGAAUGUGACAUUCACCUACCCUGGAGCUUCCAAGCCAUCAUUAAACAAUGUCUCGUGCUCGUUGUCAUUAUCUUCGAGAGUUGCCAUUGUCGGGCCCAACGGUGCUGGUAAAUCUACAUUGAUCAAGUUGCUCACAGGUGAGUUGAUUCCAGCUGAGGGUAAGGUUGAAAAGCACCCAAACUUGAGAAUUGGAUACAUUGCACAACACGCCUUGCAACAUGUUGAGCAGCAUAAAGAGAAAACCGCCAAUCAGUACUUACAAUGGCGUUAUAGAUUUGGUGAUGAUCGAGAGGUUUUGUUAAAAGAAUCAAGAAAGAUUUCAGAUGAGGAGAAAGCAAUGAUGGAAAAGGAAAUUGAUAUUGGAGAUGGAAGGGGAAAAAGACAGGUUGAGGCAAUUGUUGGUAGACAAAAGUUGAAGAAAUCUUUCCAGUAUGAAGUCAAGUGGAAGUAUUGGUUACCAAAGUACAAUUCUUGGGUUCCUAGAGACACAUUGUUGGAAGAAGGAUUUGACAAGCUUAUACAAAAGUUUGAUGAUCACGAAGCUUCAAGAGAAGGGUUGGGUUACAGAGAAUUGAGUCCUAAAGUUAUUCGUAAACAUUUCGAGGAUGUGGGAUUGGAUGGAGAUAUUGCCGAUCAUACGCCAAUGGGAUCGUUAUCUGGAGGUCAAUUGGUCAAAGUGGUCAUUGCCGGUGCCAUGUGGAACAACCCCCAUUUGUUAGUCUUGGACGAACCUACAAACUAUCUAGACCGUGACUCAUUGGGAGGUUUGGCCAUUGCCAUUAGGGAAUGGUCAGGGGGUGUGGUUAUGAUUUCGCACAACAAUGAAUUUGUAGGAGCCUUGUGUCCUGAACAAUGGCACGUUGAAAAUGGACAGGUUAUACAAAAGGGAACUGUUGCUGUUGACACGCAAAGAUUUGAAGAUGGAGGAAAUGAAUCUGCUGAGGGAUCGCCAGCUCCUGAAAUUAAGAAACGCGCUGAUGAUGAUGAUUCGCCUGCAAAUAUUAAAGUUAGAACUAGAAAGAAGAAGAUGACUAGAAAUGAAAAGAAGGCCCAGGCUGAGAGAAGAAGAUUGAGGUAUAUUGAAUGGUUGAGCUCACCUAAAGGUACACCAAAGCCAGUGGAUACUGAUGAUGAAGAAGAGUAG